UCCAAUGCCCCCGCGGCGGCCGCGCGACAUCGCUCUGCUGCCCCGCGCCGAUCCGACGCCCCCGGAGCGACAUGGAGAGCGGCAGCAAGAUGACAGCUCGCCUGAUGCUGGCUGUGGGAGGAGCGGUGCUGGGCUCGCUGCAGUUUGGCUACAAUACUGGUGUCAUCAAUGCCCCGCAGAAGGUGAUUGAAGACUUCUACAACCGCACCUGGCUGUACAGAUAUGAGGAGCCCAUCAGCCCUGCCACCCUCACCACGCUGUGGUCCCUCUCUGUUGCCAUUUUCUCAGUUGGAGGCAUGAUUGGAUCCUUUUCCGUGGGACUCUUUGUCAACCGCUUUGGCAGACGUAACUCCAUGCUGAUGUCAAACGUCCUCGCCUUCCUGGCUGCUGUCCUCAUGGGCUUCUCCAAGAUGGCUUUGUCCUUUGAGAUGCUCAUUCUUGGCCGCUUCAUCAUCGGCCUGUAUUCUGGCCUCACCACUGGCUUUGUGCCCAUGUACGUGGGCGAGGUGUCACCGACCGCGCUGCGGGGCGCGCUGGGGACCUUCCACCAGCUUGGCAUUGUCUUGGGCAUUCUCAUUGCACAAGUGUUUGGCUUGGACUUGAUCAUGGGAAACGACUCGCUCUGGCCGCUUCUCCUGGGAUUCAUCUUUGUCCCUGCCCUGCUGCAGUGCAUCAUCCUCCCCUUUGCCCCUGAGAGCCCUCGAUUCCUCUUGAUCAACCGCAACGAGGAGAACAAAGCCAAGAGCGUCCUCAAGAAGCUCCGAGGCACAACAGAUGUCAGCAGCGACCUGCAGGAGAUGAAGGAGGAGAGCCGGCAAAUGAUGAGAGAGAAGAAGGUCACGAUCAUGGAGCUCUUCCGCUCUCCCAUGUACCGCCAGCCCAUCCUCAUCGCGAUCGUGUUGCAGCUGUCCCAGCAGCUCUCAGGGAUCAAUGCGGUUUUCUACUAUUCCACCAGCAUCUUUGAGAAGUCGGGUGUGGAGCAGCCUGUCUAUGCCACCAUUGGCUCUGGGGUGGUGAAUACAGCUUUCACUGUUGUUUCGCUCUUCGUGGUGGAGCGAGCUGGACGCAGGACCCUUCACCUCAUCGGCCUGGCGGGGAUGGCGGGGUGUGCAGUGCUCAUGACCAUUGCUCUGACGCUGCUGGACCAAAUGCCCUGGAUGUCCUACCUCAGUAUCGUUGCCAUCUUUGGGUUCGUGGCCUUCUUUGAGAUUGGUCCAGGCCCCAUCCCUUGGUUUAUUGUGGCAGAACUGUUCAGCCAAGGCCCUCGUCCUGCUGCCUUUGCUGUUGCUGGGCUGUCUAACUGGACCUCCAACUUCAUUGUGGGCAUGGGCUUCCAGUACAUUGCGCAACUCUGUGGCUCCUACGUCUUCAUCAUCUUCACGGUGCUGCUAGUCCUCUUCUUCAUCUUCACCUACUUCAAGGUGCCGGAGACGAAGGGCCGGACCUUUGAUGAGAUCGCCUCCGGCUUCCGUCAGGGGGGUGCGAGCCAGAGUGACAAGACCCCGGAUGAGUUCCACAGCUUGGGUGCUGACUCCCAGGUCUAACCAGCUGCGGCGUGUCCCGUCUCCUCCGAACCUCCUAACUUCUCUCCUGAGUGUUUUUAAUACUUGUACAGAAACGAGGAAGGAGGGAGCGGGGGGUCUGGCUCUUUGCAUACGCUCCUUCUCCAGACUCCCCCACUGGCCGCCUGGUUCAUCAGUGACUGACUGUAUUUUUGCUAGGAACGAUUUUAGCUGGUUUCAAGUCCAGGAUUUCAAAGCCGAUAGAUUCAGCAACAAUGACUAAUGUUUUAAAACCAACCAAGCAGCAUCCUCCAGCCUCUGUGAGCAGGAGGGUGGCUCCCUUUUUAAGGAAGAGAUAGGUUAUUUCAUGCGAGAAAUCACAUAGCGGAAGUUUUUAAAGCUGGAAACUUUUUUUUAACAUUCUAAUCGUAGCGAAAUCGUGUAAUUUGACUAAGUCUAAACCAAGAUUUUUUUUUUUUAAAGUUAUUUUUUAAAGCAGUCUAAGAUUUCAGCCCCCCCAUUGGUUUGUGGAUGGGAAUUCCUUGCCCUCUGGGAGCACCUUGGGGCAGCGCUGAGGAUGAGAGGUGUGGGUGCAGCCCUGCUCCUCUGUCAGGGCCGAGUGCUUCCCCUGGAGCAGGCUGGGGAGGUCGGUAGUACUGGAGCAGGGGGCAGAGCACUGUCUCCCCUGGUGCAGGCUCCUGGAACGGCUCCUCACCUUUCUGAGCAGAGGGCUGCGUGCGCUUCCUCGCCUGGAUUUCAUCUGUUCUCGUGCUGGCUGUGCGCUCGGGUAGGCUGACAUGGGAGGGGAGGGGAUCUCUUGGUGUGUUCUUGGCAAUAUUUGCCUUAUUGGUUAACCGUGGCACGAAGUGCUGGCGGAGAGGAGCAGGGGUUCAGCAGCAGCGCAGAGCUGCGGCCUCAGCCUUCCCUGGCACCACGCUGUCCCCCGGAGCCCCGCGGAGCCGGGAGCGGGCGGCCGUCCCACGCUGCAGCACACCUUGCCCAUCGUCACCACGUGGAUCCCAGAGCCACCGAAAGUCACCACACGGAUACAUUUCCUGCUCUGUGUAUAGACUGGAAGAUAUUUAUAUUAUAUAUAUUUUUGUUCGAUGGUGUUAAUAGUAGAUGUUAAGUUAUAGUGCUUCUGAUUGACAAGGAACUGUACUGUAAAUAUUCUCGGAGUAUAUUCACAGUGUAUAAUGUAUACAAAAAGGUACAGAUGCAAAGGUUUAGUCUCUAUAGCAACUCUAAGGAAAGCUUGUACAUGGUUAGGAUGACUUUUGUAUAGUUAAUUACCUGCACUGUAGUUGUAUCUAUUGCACUGAAUUUUAGUCCUUAGUAUAUUAAAAACAAGAAAUACUGUCCUUUUAAAACAAAACUUAAGAAAACAACACAAAAAGCAGCCCUUCUCCCCUGAGUGCAACUGUUGUAGGAGCUAUGGCACAUUUCCAAAGCCAUGUGCAGUUAUUUAAUAGUGUUGUUUUUUUUUUUUUUUUUUAAUUUAUUUGUCUGUUUUGGAAGUGAGUACAUUGAAAAUAAAGGUAGGAAAAAAAAAACCAUGACAACUCAUCACAUAUCUGUGCAGCAGCCCAGAAACUGCACACACUUUUUUUUUUUUCCCUAAUGUGCAUAAACACAAGUGCCAAGAGAAUGGAGAAAGGCGUGUGGUGUGCUAACAAUAAACAGGAAUGUAUGCAGCGACCCAA